AUGUUCGCAUUGCUCCAAGCCUCCAAGCUUCCAUGUCCUAUGCCUCCAAGCAUCCAAGUCCCAAUGCAUCCAAGUCUACCUGAAGCCUCCAAGUCCCCUUGCUUUCAAGCCUCCAUGACCCCAUGCCUCCACGUCUCCAUGCCUUCAAGGCCUCCAAGCCUCCAAGCAACCAAGUUUCCAAUCCUCCAAGUCUCAAGCUUCCAUGUCAUCCAUGUCUCCAAAGCUCCAAGUCCCUAUGUCUCCAUUCCUCCAUGGCCCCAUUUCUCCAUUCCUCCAUGGCCCCAUGCCCCCAAGCCUCCAAGCCUCCAAGCCUCCAAGCCUCCCGGCCUCCAGUCCCCAUGCCUUCAAUUCCCCAUGCCUCCAAGCUUGGGGUCCCCAUGGCUCCAGGCCUCCAAGCCUCCGUGUCCUCACGAGUCCAAGCCUCUCUCAUGUCCCCAUGCCUCCAAGCCUCAGAGCCUCCGUGUCCCCAUGCCUCCAGGCCUCAGUGUCCCGUUCCUUCCGGCCUCCGUGUUUGCGCCUGCUUCCAAACCUCUGGCCUCCAAGUCCAUGCUGCUAAUUCUCCAUGCCUCCAAAUCCGAUGCCCCCAUGCCUGCAAGGCCUCUAAGCCUCCAUGUCGGCACGAAUCCUGGCCUCCGGCCUCCGUGUCCCAUGUCCCCAUGCCUCCAAGCCUCGAUGUCCGUGCCUCCAUGUCCCAUGUCAUACCUCCAUGUCCAUGUCCCCACGCCCCUCAAGACCUCCAGUCCCCGUGCCUCCGUGUCCCAUGCCUUGGCACCCGUGCCUCCAUGCCAUGCCAGCAAGCAUCCAAGUCCCCAUGGGUCUCCAAGGCCUUGUCCCGAUUGCCUCCAAGGCUCCUUAUGUCCCCAGUCCUCCACGUCCCCAUGCCUCCAAGCCCCCAAGUCCCUAUUCCUCCCGGCCUCCAAGCCUCCCGAUCCCCAUGCCUCCAGGGUCUCCAUGCCUCCAGGCCUUCAAAUCCCCAUGCCUUCUGAGUCCCCGUGCCCCCAAGUGCUUCCAUGCCUCCAUAUCAACAUGCCUCCAAGUCUCCUUAUGUCCCCAUGCCUCUAG